UUUGUGUACAUUACAGGCGUCUGCUAAAUGCUGAUGUGUUAUUUCUUGUUAAUUGGUCAGCCGUGUCGGGAAUUAUUCAUUGUUUCUCGACCACCAUUUACAGGGUUUUCUUUGGUAAACACCGCGUUCGUCUUGUUUUUCAUCCGUCUGAGACGGUGUUUUGUUGAUGUCGGUGGAACUGUUUACAUCGUCCUUGUCGCACCUCUUCCACUACCGUCCGUUUCUCGUCACACGCAUCGUCUCGGCCAUGCUCAACAAGUUCAAAAAUGCGUUCUUUUCCGUCGUGAACAACCUGGACACAGCAUCACCAGACAAGAAUAACGAUGUAGGACAAAACGGCGAACCGAAAUUGCCCCUGAAAUUCCCAUACACCAGACCCCACUUCCUCCAGCUCAAUGGGGAAGACGAGAUUCAGGUGGCUGGUGAUCAUGCCAUCAGGCCCAUCAUUGUUCCAAGAGACAUAACCAAAAUGCCUUGGAAUUCAGGUUACGCAGAGGCUGUCAACGCUGGAAAGUCACUGAGGAAUGAGGACCAGGCAAGAAUCCAUGUUGGAUAUCUAGAAAGAAGGCAUUCCGAUAAUGGUCACUCGGCUGAAGCUGCUGAGUUCCACACUCCUCCCUCUACACCUGAAAAAGAUUCCACCACACACAGAUCCAGACAAAGGAUACCUUACUCCUAUUUUGCUCUUUUUGAUGGCCACGCCGGGACUGGAGCUGCAAUAUCGGCAUCCAAUGAACUCCAUUGUAUUCUCCAUGAUAAACUAAUGGAGGUAAUCCAUCACUUGUUACCAACUCCAGAGAUAAACGAAUCUACCCAGAAUGGUCGCAAUCAAGUCUUGUGGUUUCCUGAAAGAGAAAUUGGCGUCGAAAGUUUCAUUGUGGGAGCCCUAGAAGCGACGUUCCACGAAAUGGACAAUCUGAUCGCCGAAGACAGAUUCGUGUAUCGUGUGACGGGCGGCUGCACAGUGGUGGUCUCUCUCUUCAUUUGUGGCAAACUCUUCGUGUCGAAUGCUGGAGACUCCCGGGCCGUUCUCUGUCGUGGCCGAAAGGCUUUCCCACUGUCCAACGAUUUCACUCCCGAAACGGAGCGUCAGCGAAUUCGCAAGCUGGCCGCCCUCCAGCCGGAGCUGCUGGGCGGCGAGUACACGGCGCUGGACUUCUCCCGUCGUCCCAAUCGACGUGACAUUGGCCAGCGGCUCCUCUACCGCGAGCCUCACAUGACCGGCUGGGCUUACAAGACGGUCACACCCGAAGACCUCAAGUUCCCGGUUGUUUAUGGCGAAGGCAAACGGAGCCGAGUCCUGGCCACCAUCGGAGUGACGCGUGGCUUUGGCGACCACGACUUGCGCGCCCCCAAUUCCAGCAUCCUCAUUAAGCCUUUCCUAUCGUCACAACCAGAGGUUCGCAUCGUGGACAUUGAGAAAGAGGCCAUUUACGACACGGAUGUGCUGGUGAUGGGCACCGACGGUCUGUGGGACGUGACGAGCAAUGAGCGCGUCGCCGAAUCGGUGCAGCGGAGCCUGGAGCAGUUUCCGGCGGAGGAUGCGGCCCGGUAUCGGUACCGCUUCACGUCGGCCGCCCAGGACUUGGUCAUGUGCUCGCGGGGUAAAUUGAGCGAGCGCAGUUGGCGGACGGCCGACAGCAAAUCGGCCACCAUCGACGACAUCUCCGUCUUUGUCAUCCCGCUGGCCGCCUACAAGGAAGAGCACCUCCGCUGGAAGCAGGAAACGGAAUCUCAGAGUCAUCGCCAGUCUGAUCACCAGGUGUCGGUGGACAUUGCGGUCAACGACCCAUCGACCGUCGUCGAGUCGGCCGUCAUGGCGGCCAACCAGCCGGGUCGAAUGACCGCCGAUAUCCACACCAACGGGAUUCCGCCUGUGGACAAGGCCGCUACCCUAUUGGACCCGGAAGAAAAGGCCGGCGUCGUUGCCGUCGUCGUUGCGGAAGAAGACAAAGACGCCACUGUCGGCGACGUUGCGGCGCCGCCGGAGGUCAUCGUUGAUCCAUUGCAGCCCGUCACGGAUGGAACCAGCGACCCAGAAAUUGAAGAUAAAAACGAGUCAAAUUCGUAGACGGAAUGAGAGAGAUAAAAAGAAAAAAAACUUGUGUUUGUUUGUGUUUAUUUGUUUAAUUAUGUGGCUGUCGAGUUCGUUUUUCGACCGCCAGAUGGAAUUGCCGGGUUGUUUCAUUCAAGAAAGUGCUUUCCCCCCCUGAUGCAUCCGAUUUUUCUUCUUUUUCUUCAAAGGCCAAAACCAACCGCCUUUAUUAUUAUUAUUAUUAUUUGAAAUUACUAUAAAAAUUCAAUUUUCUUGUCUUUAAAUAUCCAUUCCUCACGUUUUUUUUUUCAUUUUUGUUAGAGUCUGAAAAAAGAAAAAAAAACGUGCUCAAUAGGAAAGAAAAAAACUUUGGAGGUGGUGGGCAUGUCGUCAAAAAUUUUGGUUCAAUAGAGGGCGGUGUUUGUUCACUAUUUAGUUU